CGUUGUGACUUCCGGGGGCGGGUCCAGAGUGGAGUGGGCGUGUCGGUGUGAGGAAAACACUGGAUCCCUCUCCCACGGCCACGCUGCAGAGGAGCAGCGCCUCCGACUCGACCGCUAUGCCCGCGCUGCCGCGCGCCCAGACCCGCACGGAAGGCCGCGGCCGCGCCGCUCACGCACGCCCGCCGCACCACCCCCUCUAGCUCCCCGUGUCCCUCCGCCGUCCCCCCCUCAUGCUUCCCGGAGCUCUGUCCGGCUAGACUGCUGGUCCGUCCCCGUGUCCCGCAGCUCCUCCUCCCGAUCGCCGCGGUCCCGUCGCCGGGAUGGAGAAGCCGCUCUCCGGUUCCGGGACCCACAAACCCACCUCGGGGGAGCACCGCGGGAGCUCCCGGAGGCCCGGCGGCCGCAGCGGGUCUCACAGCCCCGGCUCUGGCGAGGCUGGAGCGGGAGGCAGCCGGGGGAGCGCGCAGGGCAGCAGCUCCGCUCUGCAGCUGCAGCAGACGCAGACGCAGACGCAGACGCAGCGGAGGCAGCUGGAAGGAGUUCUGAGCAAAUACACCAACCUGAUCCAAGGCUGGCAGAACAGGUACUUUGUGGUGGAUUCUGAGCUGGGCCAGCUGCAGUAUUUCAUCAAUGAGCAAGGAAAGAGCCAGAAGCCUCGAGGGUCCCUGCCGCUGAUCGGAGCCUCGGUCACUGCCAGCGAUGAGGCUCCACACAUGUUCAUGGUACACGCUGUGAAUGGAGAGCUGUACAAACUCAGAGCGGCUGAUGCCAAAGAGCAGCAGUUCUGGAUGAAUCACCUUCAGGCUUGUGCCAGACGCUACUCUGACAGCAGCGCCAAGGUGAGGAAGCUGAAAGGCUCGGAUGAACACCUGAGCGUGGACAGAGCUGGAGGAGGGCCGGAGGUGACGGGAUCCUCGUCCUCCGGCCGGACCCGUAGUUUUUCCCUCCUCCCCCACCUAACUCCAUCUUCAUCCCCAAGUUCCCAGAGGCACCCCGGCCACGCGUCCUCCCCCAGCAACAUCGUCUCCAUCACCCACCACAAAUCCCCGGCUGCAGCUCGGCGGGCCAAGAUUCCGUAUCCAGGACGGCUGCUGGAGGUGAAGGAGGUGAUGUCCCAGGCUGAAGGCCAGCAGAAGAACCUGGUUCAGUCCAUCGACUCUCUCCCCACCAAAGGCCCGCUCUCCUGCCUGGACCAGGACCUGCUGCUCCUCAAAGCCACGUCGGCCGCCACGCUCAGCUGCCUGGGCGAGUGCCUGAACAUCCUCCAGCAGACUCAGAGCGGCAGCCAGGGGCCCCCGGCCUCGCAGCACAACCACGGAGCCCGCUCCGAUGGUGCUCCUGUGUGGACUGUACCAAAGUCGCCCUCGGGGGAGCAGCUGAAGAACGGAGGUCUGACUCCUCUCAGGUCAGCCAGGCUCUCCCCGGCCCUCAGGAAAAGGAGUCUGUCCCGUGGUGCUGAGCGUCACUCCGGGCUGGAGGACAUCGACCCCGCCGAGGAGGUGACGGACACGGAGGACAACGAGGAGGAGGAUCUGGGCGUCCUGGACGACCAGCGGAGCGUCAUCCUCCACCUGCUGUCCCAGCUCAAACUGGGCAUGGACCUGACCCGGGUGGUGUUGCCCACGUUUAUCCUGGAGAAGCGAUCCCUGCUCGAAAUGUACGCCAACUUCAUGGCCCACCCCGACAUGUUCCUGUCCAUCACCAUGGGGGCCACGGCCGAGGACCGCAUUGUGCGCUUUGUGGAGUACUACCUGACGGCGUUCCACGAGGGCCGGAAGGGCGCCGUGGCCAAGAAGCCCUACAACCCCGUUCUGGGGGAGACCUUCCACUGCUCCUGGGAGGUUCCUCGGGACAAAGUCCGGCCCCUGGCGCGGUCCAACCAGGGGUCGGCGCGGGAGCCGCCCAGGGGCCCCAACAACUCCCAGCAGGGCGAGGACCCGCAGGGGGGCUGCUACAGGGUCCGGUUUGUGGCAGAGCAGGUGUCCCACCACCCGCCGGUGUCGGGCUUUUACUGCGAGUGUCGGGAGAGGAGGAUGUGCGUCAACGCCCACGUGUGGACCAAGAGCAAGUUCAUGGGGAUGUCGAUAGGGGUGUCCAUGGUCGGGGAAG